GGACCGGGGAGACGCAAGCCAACUUCAGGCUGCUCGGAGGAAGCCCGUGCAGUCACCUGGGUGCAAGAGCGUUGCUGCCUCGGGCUCUCUCACUGCAGGGAGAGCGGCACUCGCUGGCCUGGAUGUGGUUGGAUUUAGGGGGGCUCCGCAGCAGGGGUGUCGUGGCGUUGGCGAGCGCUGCAACAGGUAGACGCCGAGAGACGGACCCCGGCCGAGGCAGCUAUGGAGACCAAAGGCUACCACAGUCUCCCUGAAGGUCUAGAUAUGGAAAGACGGUGGGGUCAAGUUUCUCAGGCUGUGGAACAUUCUUCCCUGGGACCUACAGAGAGGACCGAUGAGAAUAACUACAUGGAUAUUGUCAACGUAAGCUGUGUUUCCGGUGCUAUUCCAAACAACAGUACUCAAGGAAGCAGCAAAGAAAAACACGAACUACUCCCUUGCCUUCAGCAAGACAUUAAUCGGUCUGGGAUUUUAACAUCUGAUAUUAAAACUGAGCUGGAGUCUAAGGAACUUUCAGCAACUGUAGCUGAGUCCAUGGGUUUAUACAUGGAUUCCGUAAGAGAUGCUGACUACACCUAUGAUCAGCAGAACCAACAAGGAAGCAUGAGUCCAGCAAAGAUUUAUCAAAAUGUUGAACAGCUGGUGAAAUUUUACAAAGAAAAUGGCCAUCAUCCGUCCACUCUAGGUGGUGUGAACAGGCCCUUGAGAUCCUUCAUGUCUGACUCUGGGAGCUCUGUGAAUGGUGGGGUCAUGCGUGCCAUUGUUAAAAGCCCUAUUAUGUGUCAUGAGAAGAGCCCAUCUGUUUGCAGCCCUCUGAACAUGACAUCUUCAGUCUGCAGCCCUGCUGGAAUCAGCUCUGUGUCCUCCACCUCUGCCAGCUUUGGCAGUUUCACAGUGCACAGCCCUAUCACCCAGGGGACUCCUUUGACAUGCUCCCCUAAUGUUGAAAAUCGAGGCUCCAGGUCACACAGCCCAGCACACGCCAGCAAUGUGGGCUCUCCUCUCUCAAGUCCAUUAAGUAGCAUGAAAUCCCCAAUAUCCAGCCCUCCGAGUCAUUGCAGCGUAAAAUCUCCGGUCUCCAGUCCUAAUAAUGUUACUCUGCAAUCCUCUGUGUCUAGCCCUGCAAACAUCAACAACUCAAGGUGCUCUGUUUCCAGCCCUUCCAACACAAAUAACAGAUCCACGCUUUCCAGUCCAACUGCUAGUACUGUGGGAUCUAUCUGUAGCCCUGUAAACAAUGCCUUCAGCUACACUGCUUCUGGCACCCCUGCUGGAUCCGGUGCAGCCCGGGAUGUGGCUCCUAGUCCAGACACACAGGAGAAAGGUGCUCAAGAGGUCCCCUUUCCUAAGAGUGAGGAAGUAGAGAAUGCCAUCUCCAACGGUGUGACUGGUCAGCUUAACAUUGUCCAAUACAUAAAACCGGAGCCAGAUGGAGCUUUUAGCAGCUCAUGUCUAGGAGGAAAUAGCAAAAUAAAUUCUGAUUCCCCAUUCUCAGUACCAAUAAAACAAGAAUCAACCAAGCAUUCAUGUUCAGGUACCUCUUUUAAAGGGAAUCCAGCAGUAAACCCAUUUCCAUUUAUGGAUGGCUCAUAUUUUUCCUUUAUGGAUGAUAAAGACUAUUAUUCUCUAUCAGGAAUUUUAGGACCACCUGUGCCCGGCUUUGAUGGUAACUGUGAAGGCAGUGGAUUCCCAAUGGGUAUUAAACAGGAACCGGAUGAUGGGAGCUAUUACCCAGAGGCCAGCAUCCCUUCAUCUGCUAUUGUUGGUGUGAAUUCGGGUGGACAGUCCUUUCACUACAGGAUUGGUGCCCAAGGUACAAUAUCUUUAUCACGAUCGGCAAGAGACCAAUCUUUCCAACACCUGAGUUCCUUUCCUCCUGUUAAUACUUUAGUGGAAUCAUGGAAAUCACAUGGCGACCUGUCAUCUAGAAGAAGUGAUGGAUAUCCGGUUCUAGAAUACAUUCCAGAAAAUGUAACAAGCUCUUCUUUACGAAGUGUUUCUACUGGAUCUUCAAGACCUUCCAAAAUAUGUUUGGUGUGUGGGGAUGAGGCUUCAGGAUGUCAUUAUGGGGUAGUAACCUGUGGCAGCUGCAAAGUGUUCUUCAAAAGAGCAGUGGAAGGGCAACACAACUAUUUAUGUGCUGGAAGAAAUGAUUGUAUCAUUGAUAAGAUUCGACGGAAGAACUGUCCUGCCUGUAGACUUCAGAAAUGUCUUCAAGCUGGAAUGAAUUUAGGAGCUCGAAAGUCAAAGAAGUUGGGCAAGUUAAAAGGUAUUCACGAGGAACAGUCACAGCAGCAGCAACCCCCACCCCCACCCCCGCCCCCCCAGAGCCCCGAGGAAGGGACGACGUACAUCGCUCCCGCCAAAGAGCCCUCAGUCAACACAGCGCUGGUUCCUCAGCUCUCCACAAUCUCACGAGCACUCACACCUUCCCCUGUCAUGAUCCUUGAAAACAUCGAGCCUGAGAUUGUGUAUGCAGGCUACGACAACUCAAAACCAGACACAGCCGAAAACCUACUCUCGACUCUAAACCGCUUAGCAGGCAAACAGAUGAUCCAAGUCGUGAAGUGGGCAAAGGUACUUCCAGGAUUUAGAAACUUGCCUCUUGAGGACCAAAUUACCCUAAUCCAGUAUUCUUGGAUGUGUCUAUCAUCAUUUGCCUUGAGCUGGAGAUCGUACAAACAUACAAACAGCCAAUUUCUCUAUUUUGCGCCAGACCUAGUCUUUAAUGAAGAGAAGAUGCAUCAGUCUGCCAUGUAUGAACUAUGCCAGGGGAUGCACCAAAUCAGCCUUCAGUUCGUUCGACUGCAGCUUACCUUUGAAGAAUACACCAUAAUGAAAGUUCUGCUGCUGCUGAGCACAAUUCCAAAGGAUGGCCUCAAAAGCCAGGCUGCAUUUGAAGAAAUGAGGACAAAUUACAUCAAAGAACUGAGGAAGAUGGUGACUAAGUGUCCCAACAAUUCUGGGCAGAGCUGGCAAAGGUUCUACCAACUGACCAAGCUUCUGGACUCCAUGCAUGACCUGGUGAGCGACUUGCUGGAAUUCUGCUUCUACACCUUCCGAGAGUCCCAGGCCCUGAAAGUGGAGUUCCCUGCGAUGCUGGUGGAGAUCAUCAGCGACCAGCUGCCAAAGGUGGAGUCCGGGAAUGCCAAGCCCCUCUACUUUCACAGGAAGUGACGAAGGACGUCUUACCAGGAGAGCUUUGCCUUAAGUUUCCCCAUGCUGUUCUACACCCACCAAGGACCCAAGAAAUCCGAUUUUUAACAUGUGGUGGUUGAUUCUUACUUGUUCAGCAGUUUCUCAAGUUUAAA